GUAAACAAAACCGAUUGUUCGUAAAAAGCGUGUGUACUUUACGGUAAUUUGUGUACCAAAAAGAAACUAUUAGUAGAAUCACGUUACAUUUGUUAGUAUCACGCAUUGAUGAUAAAAGAAAGUGGGAGAGGAAAUAGUUUUGAUGCGGAAAGUGUGAAAUGAAAAUCCAUUAGACAGUUCGUUAUAAUGGAGUAAUGAGCUGUAAAGGCAUUUUUUCUGCAAAUAAAAUUGUGUUCGCCGCUUGUAUAUCCGUUGCCAAAAAGGAAACAUAACCAGUCAGGUGCAAUUGGUUUGGCAAAACAGUGAAGAAAAUGUAAUGAAUGAAACGUUCCAUUCAAAAAAUGUUCUUUUCAUUGCACAAAUAAACAAACAAACAAAAAAAAAGUAACCAUCCACCGCGAAUGACAUUACUGCUUGUGCUGGUGUAUGUGCGCGUUCCGUUGGCGUUCGCUUUUUUUUCUCCCGUUCCGCUCAUCAUCAUCACCACAUAGCUCGCUUUAUUUACCGCUCGGCACAAACGCCACCCGGAUCGGUUUUUGGUGUGUACGCUGGUCGCUUGCUUUGCCCCAAAAGCGGAAACGUAACAACGUGGGUUCGCAGUCUAAAUCGUGCAAUAUCUCUCUUCGAUAGCGUUUGGAGCGUGUGAAACAAUUGCAAAAAGGAACACAAAUUUGCUUUUGCUUGUCAACGUGGUUUAAGGAAAGUGAAAUCUUGUUACGAGGAAGCUCGCUCGCUGAUUAAAAUUGGAUAGAUUGAUUGCGUGCAGGGCUCCGUGGACAACGUGUGCGUGCGUGCGUGCCUGUGUGUUUGUGUGCGUUUGUGUUGUGUUUCUAGGUCAUCGUGGCCAAUGUUCACCGCGUGGUUCCCAACAACUUGACGAGAAACUAAAACGAUAGCAUUAUAAUUACUGUACGCACUGUGUAGGCUGUGUACGCGUGUGUGUGUGUGUGUGUGGCUGUGGCAGACCCGGUAUAUAACAGGUUCCAGAUUACGAGCACGAAAAUUUCGCCCAUAAAUCUGCAGAAUGUCCCCGGAAAGGACAGUCGACGAAGAUAGCAGUGACGGUGCCAGUGAUCAUCUAAUUGCGGACGAAUCGAUCGAGGAAGAGUUGCUGGAGGAAGAAACAGUGAUCGGCAUUAGUAAUAGUGGUGGUAGUACAGGUGUUGAAACCAUCGUCGGAGAUCACGUGACCAUUGAGACAUCAUCACCGGUUCCUAGUCCCGGAGCAGAAACGACAAUAUCGUCCCAUCUGGGGAGUAUUUCCAGUACGGCCGUUCCCCCGACUGAGGGACCCACCGGUGUACUGACAAAUUCUGUAACCGAUUCCAUCAGCAAAGUAAGUGGCGGCUCCACCAUGGUACUCUCAACGAUUCCGCUGGACCAGCUGCCAAUGAUGCAUCAACAAAUACUACACCUGCAGCCGCAGCAACAACACACCGUAAACCAUACGAUCAACAACAACAAUACGAGCUUCAAAAAUCAUAAUAGUAGCAGCAGUGUGACUGGAGCAAAAAACAUUCUUAUCAGCAGCAGCAGCACGGGCACUAGCAGCACUACAAACAGUGGUACUAGCAGCAACAGCAGUAGCAGCAGCGCCGUUACGCAUCAAAUUGUGCAUCAACACCAUCCCCAUACGUACACCAUCAGUCUUGGCAAUCAUAGUGCGGCUGGUAACGGCAACCACUACCAAACGGUUGCCACGGCAACGACCAACAGUAGCGUUGUUGCACCAAUCACGACCGGAAGCAGCAACAACAACAACAAUAGCAGCAAUAUGGCACCCGGUGGUACGGGUGCGCUCGCACUAGUAACCGGAGGUUCCGCAACCGUCGUCAAUACCGUGCCAUCCCCGUCAUCACCCGCCGUAUCAUCGUUGGGUGCUGGCAGCACUGGUACGGUCCCUGUAAGCGGUGCUGGUAUGCUGGUGGUGACGGAUCGCAAUGGAACGGCCACUACCACUACCACGGGCAAGCUCGUACUACUACAUCAGGGCCGCGCAGGCGAAGAUUAUAUAACAACGGCAGGCGAAACGAUCAAUGGAGGUAACAUAGUACUGCUGGCAACGGAACAGAUGGAUAUGGCGGAACACGACAUCAUCAACAAUAACGUUAUCAUCAGUACCACCACCGGUACCGGUGGUACGGCACGAACGGUCACGCUUCCCGCUCAUCAGUCGCAUCUACUGCACGGUGGAACACAAGCCGCUAGCACCAAUGGACCACCGACGACGAACGGUGACGAGGAGCUGACAUCGUUGUCUUGGUUGCAGGAUAAGAAUUUACUCAAAGGUAUCCACCUGCCUAAAGUGCCAGUUUCAUCCCCGGAUAGUCCCAGACAGGUAGGCACUGUAGUGACCGGAGGAGUGGGAGUAGGUGGUCGUAUCUCACCGACCAGUGACUUUGUGGAAGAUUCAUCCAGCAUUUCCGAGGAUAACAACUCGUCGGCUAACUCAUCGUCGGAACAUAGCAGUACCGGUGGUGCAUACUCCACCACCGAUCUGGCCAUAACGUCCGACCGAAGGACACCGUCGCAACAUCUGUACCAGCAGCAUGGUUCCAGCUCGAAAGCAAUCACAACCCUGAAUGGAGAUACGAUCAUUGGUAUACCGGUUAUAGCGGUUAAUCAGCAUCAUCAUCCACAUCACGCACUCACCGGAAGCAAUGGUACGAUCCAGCAGCAGGUCGUCCUGGAAAGUGGUAAAACGAUGAAAGUGUCCGUAAUGACGAGCCCAGGGCCGGCCACAACAGCAACACCGUUCAUUGUAACGGGUAGUAACAGUACGGCCAUACCAGUUUCUUCAGCGUAUGGGAUUGUUUCGUCGCCCGUCAGCUCGAUAGUAGCUCCCGUGGCAGCUUCGACACCGGUGAGCUCGAAUUCAAAUUCCAACAGUAGCAAUGGUAGCAGCGGUAAUACAACCACAAGUACUCCGCACCAACACUUCCACAAAAAGUAUCUACGAGAGGAGCUCGUGAAACAGCAACAGCAGCAGCAGCAGCAACAGCAGCAACAACAGCAACAUCAGCCAUUGCAGCAUCAACCAAACGCUAAAACAAGUAUCGGUGGUACGAUGACACUGAUGUCCGCCGGCGCAACAACCAACAACAUCUUCGUUACACCAAUGAAACAACAAACAAAUAGUGCUGUGAAGUAUGAGGAUGGCACCGACAACGUCGAGGAUCGCCAUUAUCCUCCACCAGCAGCACCGGUCAAGAAUGGUAGUAGCAGCAGUUAUGGUGGAAGUAGCACCAUGAGUUCACCAAAUGUAAGCGGCGAAGAGUACAGCAACCACGUCGGCAACACUGUGACCGUGUACGGUGGACUCAACAUGAUCAAACAAUCACCUGUGCCGUCGCCGACGAUGCUGUCACCAACGCACAACGGUAGCUCAAGCAAUGGGUUGAUCAUUCAGCAUCAUUCGAAUCAUUACCAGCCGCAGCAGCAACCAAUUGCAACACCUCCUCCACAGCAGCAGCAGCAGCACCAACCGUUGCCACCGCCACCAUCCGGCGGCUCGUCGUCUGCGUCGCUCUCGAUGCCGGCAUCGCCGCAAGGUUCCGGUAGCUCCGUCAGUCCGUCGAAGUUAGCACCGCCGAAAGCGAAGCAUCCGACCAACGUGCCAUACGAUCCGCUGGUACACGUGAACAGUAAGCCUCCGUUCAGCUUCAGUUCGCUCAUCUUUAUGGCCAUUGAAAACUCCCAGCAGAAGGCGUUACCGGUGAAAGAGAUUUACGCUUGGAUCGUGCAUCAGUUCCCGUACUUCAAAACCGCCCCGACCGGGUGGAAGAACAGCGUGCGUCACAAUCUAUCGCUGAACAAAUGUUUCCAGAAGGUGGAAAAGGCUGCGAAUCUCGGCAAAGGCUCACUGUGGAUGGUGGAGCCUCAGUUUAGGCCAAACCUCGUGCAAGCACUUUCACGCUCACCGUUUCACGCCGGUUCCGGUAUGGAUAAGGCUACGUACAAGAGCAUGCAGCAGCAACGUUCCACCAAUGCCAGCCCGACUGGCAAUGGGUCACACUAUUCCAAGCAGGAUAAUUUUCCACAGCUCACAAGUCGUCUAGCGCCGACCGAUGCAUCAAAUGGUCUGCUGCAUCAUGACGAACUGGACGACAUCAGUCGUUCCUCCACGCCGAUCGAUUACGAUGGUGGCAAUGGUGAUAUGGCACCUGGUGUUGGUCCACACCAUAGCAACCAGUACCAGCCCCAGCACCAUCACAUACAGCACGAGCAGCACCAAUUGCCUUCCGCCCAUCACGGUCACCAGCAGUUGAUUGCAGUGGCCGGUGGUGGUGGUGGUUACCAUCACACGCGACACGGUUCACCCGAACCGUUGGCCAAUGGAUCGGUAAACGCGACGUAUUUAUCGAGCGUUGACGGUACCACGAUCGUGUCCGGUCCGAGCGGUGUUGUGUACAUGAAUGGAGGCGCCGUAGGUGCGGCCCUAGCGAAGGAUAUCGUUACCGGGCGUGAAUGGAGUGCCGAUACAAUAGAGGAUGUGAAUGCUGCUACGGCAAUGCUCGCCCUCAAGCAUGGACCUAAGAUUUUCACCGAGAGCUCGUUCCGCAACGGGCAACCGCCUGUUAUUACGACCUCACCGAGCGAAGACCAUACGUACUCUGCCGGCGGAGUCGGUGUACAGGAGCUGACGAGCAAUGGCUUGACUGCGAACGGAUCGACCACCGUGAUAGGAAAUGGAUACAGCUGCUGUUCGUCGUCCGACGAGCGAUACGAGCCACAGCACAAUCGGCACCCUCAGCAUCAUCACACUGCGGCCAGUCAUCCUCAUCCUCAUCAUCAGCCCCAGCAGCAACAUCAUUCGAUUCGGCACAGUGAUACGGUCAGCAAUGGCACAUCAUCCGAUGCAACGUACGAAAGCAGUGAGGAAAGCCAUCCACCGCACGUUGCAUCCGCCGAAGAUGUGGAGGAACGUCGCCGACAGGAAGGUGUAUAUGCACUGCUUAACCUCGCCCAGAUGACCUAUUCACCUUCGCCUUCCUCGUCUAUGUCAUCCUCGACGUCCACUCUAUCGUCACCCGCUUCCUCUACGGGUUCGCUGAAACGUGCUGCUCCGAAUGAUACGCCAUAUGCACCAGUCCAUGCGAACUAUCGCCAACAUGCCGCAUCACCCGAUCGAGCACGAACAGCCUCGCCGCAGAUAGCGCACCAUCAUCACCUGCACCAUCUUCAAGCGAAUGGACAUUUGCAUCCCGAAUCGGGUGUCAACGCGGGCAGCAAUAUUCUGCAAACGAUCCCCAUUGUUUCCUAUUACUCUGGUGGUGGCGGCGGUGGUGGUGGUAGCAGUAGCAGCAGUAGUGGCGAUCUUACCCGUCAGUAUGCAUCGCCACCCCCGGCAAAGAAAACAAAACCACGCUCAUCGCUCAAGAAGCUGAAGAAAAAGUCACUCGGCCGGUAAUAUUACAUCGCUAGGGCAAAGGGUGAACUUCCCAUCGGUGCAGUACCGUCCUUAGGUUGAUCUGGUGGCGUGUGAACGCGACAGCACACUAACAUUGUAACUACACAGACACACGACUGGUCCUACGACAUCGUUUGCGUAACGCUGCACUCUACUCCGCUGUACACUGUGUGAUGCGAUGUAGCCCACACCUAUCGUUACUAUUGAUGCCUCUAAGCACUGUUAAAUUCACUUUAAUAUUUUAAACGACUCACCGAGGGCGAGGACAUGCGUAAACGCGAAGGCCUUCUGACGUCCGUUUCCACGUUUAGAUGUACUUGUCGAAUCUAACACUAUUGCCUUAUCGAUGUGUGCGUCCGGAGAUGCACUGUGGAGCGCUGCCGUUCCAAAUGCAAUUAACGCGCGGAUAACGUACGCAGUAGGAAUGUAUAAAAAAAAGUGUGAUAUGCUUGAACGGAUACACCGUACAGUACUGUACCUCCCGAGAGGAGGUAACUGUGUGUGUACCGUUUCCAGUUCGUACGGUUUCGCCAGCUUCGCGGAAAAUGAAUUACCAAGAAGGGACGCUAUACUAUCGUCCCCGAAUUGUGUAUAGCAGCCAAAACUAGCAUCACUAACUGUUUCCCUGUUAUAGCUAUUCCAAUCCUAGCGUCUAGUUUUUGUUUAAUGAAAUGUUUUUUUCCUGUUUUUCUGUUUCGAUGCCUUAAUCGCAGUUCGGCCGUCUAAAACAAGAAACUGGUAGAAGGUUAGGUUAGGUUUAGUGUGUUGUUUUUACCACGCAAACACUCAUCAUUGAUGUUUGUUUCGAACGCUCAGGAGUGUUUGUUUGAUCGUUAGAGAGAAAGAGAUCGGGAGGCGGAGAAAGCAGCUUUGGCUGGUUAAAUGAUAUCGACUCGACUAAGCCGGUUUCCCACUCCGGUAGCAAAAUGUUUCUUGUUAAGAUAAUUCUGUUUUUUCCUUUCUUUUCAAAGCACAAGCAUAGCUUGUCGAGCUUUAAUCGAUUUGAAGAUUUGUUUCGUGCACACGAUCAUACAUCGAUCGUUCGAAGCGAAACUGAGCUGUUUCUUCAUGUUCCAGAAACAAUCAACCAUUUGCUAAUUGUUUACCGUUUAGCGUAGAUUAGUACACGGGUUAGGAUGUAGCUGGUUGAGUGUAUUUUUGUUUUGCGCAUGAAAAUGCGGACAGCACAAGGAACGGAUUGUUUCAUUUUCGACGCUACGACGCGUUGUCCUUCUUCAUCCCAUCACAUCCAAACCCUCUUUGAUCGUAUAGCAAAGUAACUGGAAGCCAAUCAUAAUGUUUGUAAAGUAAGAAACUACACAUGUAAGAGUAGCACGAGACAAAGAAAGCGGCAGAAAAGGAACAUAAAGCUUAGUCAAAAUGUCACCAAAAUUGCAUUUUUUGUUUUUAUAAUUGUUUAACAAGUUGCUUCGUUUUGAUUUUAGUGCUUCGUAUUUACAUUUUUUUCUUUUUGUUUUUACUAUCAAUUAGCUGUAAGAAUGUAUGUUAAGUGGGGUAAACCUUACGAGACUAAAUAAUAUUUUUUUGGUUUGUUUUACGCGUAUACACGCGUAUGUAUGUGUACAGACAAAAUGAAUGAUUUACGAUAAAACAAAAUCCUCCGAAUACGGUUCGAACACUGAUCGGGAUGUAUGAAAGUACGGUAUAUUAUGUUGUUUUUUCCUAAGGAAUGAAGCAAGCAAACAUCUCUAAGUAAAUCACAAUGUAGUAGCAUGUGUGAAGAGACAAGCACAUUCAACAAGAAAGCAAAGAAAAAAGUGAAACACUGAACUUAUCUACUCGCGCCUUCUAAUAUAGUUAUGCACUUAUCGUAAUACUGUCCUACUAUUGUUUAAGAUUUAUCGUUCGAUUGAUAGAGCACGCGGGCAGUGAUGGUUUGUGUAAGUAGUAUAAACCACAUCGCUACGUUCGCGAUACGGCAGGUGCUUAGCCAGUAAAUUAGGGCGAAGGGGUACGGUUAUGUGCUCCCAGGGCCUGUUGGUAAAACAACGUUUACGAAAUUACGUUUUGUUACUAUGUUCUAACAAACAUUUCACCUAUCCUACGCAAACGCAAAGCACUGAUUGUGACGGAAAGUGGAUAAAAAGAAGAAAAAAAUACCAAACGUGAUGCUAAAGCCAUUUUCCCACCAACGGGGGAAGCCUCAAUCAAAAAAUUGUUUACAAUUAACAUUUAAGUCUAUUUCAUACGCACUUACCCGGUGCAUCCGGAUGCCAUUGGAAUGGGCCUCGCACACGGUCCGGUUGGGUUUCGUUGUUGCAGCAUAGUUUGUAGAGUAGGCCAACACUCCGCGAAUCCGCGUCAGUUUGUUGCUGUUUUUGGUUACGAAAACGGAUUUCAGUACAGUUGAGUUGUUACUUACAUAUAUGGGAUCGAUAUUGUUUUCUUCCCUCCCUCCCUCCCUCCCUCUUUGUGGUGGACUUUGGUGGAUGGAAAUGCGAACCUUGUGUUGCCUGUUUGCUACGCGUUCUUAGUGCUUUAUAACAAUUUCCUGUUUAAGUUUGAUAGUUGUUCUUUCUAGUUCGUAAUGUCACGUAUUUUCUAUGCCAAUCAGCGAAUAGCAAGUAAAACAGAAAGGUGUUAAAAAGAGCAUGAAAGUCAUAUGAUGAAUAAGCAUAAGCAAUCAAAUUAAACUCGUUAUCGUUUUGAUCCGGGCACGGUUGGCCGAUCGGUCCGCUGCGGUGUAAAUGGCGCAUACAAAAAGCAUCUUACCAGUAAGCAAAUACUAUUCUACAUUAGUAAUGAACGCUAGAGAAGCAACAAAACAGAAAACUAAGCAUCAUCAUCAUAAUAACCUCUUGUAGCGCAGUGGAACUUAAGCAGUUUUGCGUAACAUUAUUCAACUUUUAUGAAACACCCUUUAUUAUCUAGCCCGGUUGAUCAUCACUCGGUUGAUUGCCUAUUUUCUAGUGAUUACUUAGCUACAAUUAGUAUAGAAUACAAAACAGCAGAAAAAGAAAAAUAAACCUACAAACACUACAAAAAACACCUUGCGAAAACGAAAGGGCGGAAGUGGAUAGCAAACGUAGCAAAGAAAAAAAGGGCAGAGCGAAAGCCGUUUGUUUGUGGAUAGUUUUAGUUUGAUUUGGUUCGCCCUUUUUUUGCUUGUGAGGCUAUUGCGUAGUGUACUGUUAUUAAGUUUAGAAUACACACAAGUUAAACUGUAAUGCGUUAAGUGCGCUGAAUGAUAUUUAAUAGCAAAGAUUGAUUUCAUAAUAAGAA